AUGGCGUCAGCUUCGGAUCCAGCGACGCUCCCAGCGAACGCAACACAGCUAAGGGAACAGCUCAUUGCUGCAACGCAGCGGUUCUUCGACAGCCAUGGCAUUCGCGUCAAAACGAGAAAGCUUCCCGUGCAGGCGGCGACUCCAGCGUCUCCGCCUGGUUCGAAGGCAGAGGGCGUCUCGGCACGACGGCCCCAUGGGGGCGGUCGGGCGGCGCAGACGGACGGGUCGCCUCAAUCUAGCGACAGCUCGUCCUCGUCUCUUCCACUGUACCAUUUCAUCACUCGUCAGAAACUUCACAUGGCGGAGCAGCUGCUGAGGAAUAAGUCGUGCUACCUGACUCCGUACAACAAGAAGUCAGACAGACGUCAGAAGGCGUCUCCCUGGAUCAUGCAAGACAUGAGUGAAGAGGUCAAGAAACACCUCGCACAAAUGAGCUCGGACUUCGACGACAGAGAGUUCUCUGGUGUCUACAUCUCCCUCCACACGAGUCCGUACUUGGUCGACUGCGAAUACGGGAAUCUCAGUCGAAGCCGCUUUGUGGGCUGGGCACUCGUCGAGCUGCUGACAACCAACGAACGCUGCCUGAAGGCCCUGUGGGUGCAUCCAGCCCUCUCGGCGUCGAGCACGCGCCUCGUGCUCCAGGCGUUCCUUCCGCGCAUCCUUGUCGAGGCGAUCGAGUUCGCCACUCCCGGGGUCAGCCCCCUUUGUCCGUGGCGGUUUUUCUACUGCUGGCUGAACGACUUUGAUCUCCUUCCUCGGGGGACGUGGCUGCUCCUGUCUGCCCCAAAGUACCUGGCGCUUCCUGUGCACUGCGACAAUUUGAAUCUCGGAGAGGAAGACGAAGAGGACGCGAAGGAGGAACCGCGGGGGAAAGGCAAAGCCGCCCCAGGGAAGGGAAAGGGCAACCAGCCGGCGGGGCCGCGCGCAGAAAAGAGCAAAAGGAAAGGCAAGAAGAAGGAAGAAGAAGAAAUGCACAUCGGCCACCGCGAUGGCGACGAUGGGUCUGCGUGCCCGUGCCAGAUGCAGCAACCGUCUCGCUGGCGCGACGAUUUCGACGAGAAGCUCGUGGGUUGUACAGAGGGCUUCAUCUAUCGGAACUUUGACCGCAUCUUCGACAUGAUACCAAAGGCAAUUGACGCGCGAUUACAGGAGGAUAUCAACGCACUGCCCCAGGAGAAUCCCGAAGGCCUGAAGAAGGAGCAUCCAGAGACAGAUGAAGAAAUCCGCACGGCAGAGACGUUCGGCCUUGGCGAUGACACAGUCAUGCGGCUGCUGGAAAAAGUUUACGGCCAGUGGCGAACAGGUCGUUUCAAGCGCAUUGGCCACGAGGAAGAGGAGGAAGAAGGCCGGCCUCAGGGGAGACGGCGGCUGAACGGGCAUAAGCAUGACUCUGGACCGAAAGAUGUGAAGGCGGAUGGCGACGAAAACUGA